CAAGUGCGUUCUAUUUUUAAAACCCACUAGCAUGCGCCGGUGACGCGCAAAGCGCACCCCACAUUUCGCUUUUGCUUUUCCGACCUCACGCAUGACCAGUGCGUUGUGCGCACUUUGCGUAUCAAAGUCCAACACUUUCUCUCUCAUCAGUAGUUGUUAAACUGCGUUGACUGAGAUAAAUCCCACACCUUUUUUUCCCUCUUCUUUUCCUUCUUUUCUCUUUUCCCAAUUACUAUUAUGAACCCACCGCCACCACUAGCCGGAAGUCCUUCGCCGGUACCUUUUUCCGAUCACCGCUUCUUUCUCCGUUAAGUUAAAUAUUCUUCGCUAUUUGAUUCCUUCAACACGCAGCUUCUGUUUUGUUGUUGCGUUGGUUUCGAACUAGGGUUCCGGAAACCCUAGGUGCUAUUUCUGCAUCUGCUCCAUGAGUUUCGGAGGUAUUUUCUUGGAGUUUUUGAGAUUGAGGUCGUUCAUAUAAUAGAUAGCUGUUCGCUCGUUCUGCGUUUUGGUGAUUCUGUGUUGGGGUUGGGUUUCGGAUAUGAAGAGAUUGAGGUCCAGCGACGAUCUCCACUCGUACGGCGACAAGAAUGCCUGCAAGGAUUCGAAUCUGAAUCGGUCCUUUUCCUCUGCGCAGCGAAGCUUUUACUACAAACCCGAUAAUGCGCGCAAGGGUUUGCCGUCGUCCUCGUCAUCGCGCUACGACAGGGAUCGGACGGCGGAGGAGGAUCGGGAGAGUUCGAGGUUGGUUCGUAAGCGAUCGGAGCAUGAUUUCGAGGGUUUUGAUCGGAGGAAGGGGUUCGAUCGGUAUAGAGACGGCGGUUAUAGCGGUGGGGGAGGGGAUAGGAGUUUGAUUCACCGGUCGGAGAGUUUCUGUGGUUCGAGGAGGGAGUUUCCGAAGGGGUUCCGGUCGGAGAGAGACCGGUCUAGAAGGGAGGGAAGCGUGUCGUCCUGGCGGAGAGGUUUGAAGGAUUUCGAUGAGAGUGGGAGAGGGAGUAGAGUUUCUGUGGAGGACAGAGUAGUGCGUUCCCCUAAGGGUUUGAGGGAUGUGAAGUCUCCUACGUGGUCGAAGGAUUCUGAGAGUGAGCAAUCUAAGAAGAGAUCUUCUUCUCCUAGAGUCUUGAGAGAUGCCAAAUCCAAGUCCAAGUCUCCCACUUGGUCUAAGGAUUCAGAGAGCGAGCAAUCCAAGAGUGAACAAUCUAAGAGCGUUGAGGUGAAGAAAACUGAGGAGUUGCAGGUUCAGAGUGGAAGCAGUAGUGAAAUGGAAGAAGGGGAGCUGGAACCUGAACCCCUUCCUCCAACUGAACCCCAAGCGGCUCCUAAAGAUGCCCCUAUUAUUGCAAGUGAAGACCUUCCCUCUGUCCCUUUGGGAACUGAUGAUGACAAGCUUGUUCAGAAUGAAUGCCACCUUAAGGACAUAGAUACUGCCAUGGAUGAAGGACAGGGUUUAUCGAGUAAGGAGGAGGUGAAAUCCAAUGAGGAGGUUGAUUCUAAAGUGCAAGAUCCGGAGAAAGAAGCUGAUAAGCUGCCAGAUGUUCAAGAUGAUACAACUGAGAAAAUGCUUGUUACUGAGACUGAUCGGGACACUGUGAGUAAUGGUGAUGAUAAAAAAGAGGAGUGUUUGGAUGCUGAUACUGAGUGCAAGGAGGAAACAAACAAGGGUGAUGAUGCGGAGGAGGAAUUGUUUGAUGAGGAGGAGCGGAAGGAGGACAAGGGUUUGGAUCUAGAAACCAGCACAGAUGUUGGCAAACCUGAGUUAAAUGAUGAAGUGUCACCAGAAAAUGAUGUUCCCAAGGAAGUAAAUAGAGAAAUGAUGGAGGAGAGUAUGGCCAACAAUGCAAAGGAUAAAGGCAAAGGCGUCUCUGUUGCACCUACUGAUACUGAUGUUGCUCAUUCUUCAGAAGAUGGCCUGUGGAUUGACAGAGGAUCAAGAGAUAUCGCUACAUGUUCUGUUGAUGUCAUAGAAGGUCCAAGCACAAGGGGAUUUGAGUUGUUUUCCAGAUCUCCUGUUAGAAAAGUGGAGAAAGUAGAUAAUGCAGUUCUCAACAAGCAGAAGGAUGACAUGGGGCAGCUUGAUCUCACUCUUAGCUUGCCAAAUGUUCUGUUACCUAUUGGUGCUCAUGAGAGUGGUGCUUGCGAGACAACAACGCAAGCCCCUGGAUCCCCCAGUCAAGCACGGAGUGUGCAGUCUUUAAGUAAUACAUUUUGUACAAACUCAGAUGGUUUUACUGCAUCGAUGUCUUUUUCAGGUUCCCAAUCAUUCUAUCACAAUCCAAGCUGUUCUCUAACAAAAAAUUCUGUGGACUAUGAACAAUCUGUUGGUAGUCGCCCUUUAUUCCAGGGAAUAGAUCAACUUUCCCAAGGAUGCUGGCAAGGUCAAUCUCAGAGCGAUCCUAAACAGAAAGAAGUUCCUUUUGGUCAGAAAUCUUUGGCGAAUGGAAAUGGCUCCUUUUAUCAGUCUCCAUCAUGGGGUGUUUUAGACAGUCAAGCUGUGAAAGGUCAACAUUCUAGGGUUCUAGAAGGUAGCUCAAAGAUGGGCUGUGGACUUGACAGGCAAUUAAGUUUUCAUAAGCAGUUGUCAGGACAGUCAAGACGCCAUGACGAUGUUAGAUCUCCUUCACAGAGUGUUGGGUCGCAUGAUAUUGGAUCAAAUUACAGCUUUGAGAAAAAGAGGGAGGCCAGAGAUAGGAAUGGUGGUAGUCUGUAUAGAACUACCAGCCAGAAGGAACACGAACAACUUCUGAUGGGUGGAGCUGAUUUUGUUGAGACGAUCAUUGCAAAAAUAGUUUCUGAACCUGUGCAUACAAUGUCCAGAAAGUUCCAUGAAAUGACUGGGCUGUCCAUAGUUUGUCUGAAAGAGGGUAUUCGAGAAAUCAUGCUCAAUCAAGAUAAGCAUGGGCAGAUACUUGCUUUUCAGAAAGUUCUGCAGAACAGGUCCGAUAUAACCUUGGAUGUCCUGCUGAAGUGCCACCGUGUGCAACUGGAAAUUUUGGUUGCUUUAAAAACUGGUUUGACUCAUUUUCUUCACCUUGACAACAGCAUGUCAUCUUCUGAGUUAGCUCAAAUUUUUCUGAACUUGAGAUGUAAGAAUAUUUCCUGUCGAAGUCAGUUGCCUGUGGAUGAAUGUGAUUGCAAGGUUUGUGCGCAGAAGAAUGGUUUUUGCAGGGAAUGUAUGUGCCUUGUGUGUUCUAAGUUUGACAAUGCCUCAAAUACAUGUAGUUGGGUUGGAUGUGAUGUUUGCCUUCACUGGUGCCAUACUGACUGUGGACUACGGGAAUCUUAUAUUAGAAAUGGGCAUAGUACUACUGGGUCAAAAGGGAUGACCGAGAUGCAGUUUCACUGUAUUGCUUGUGAUCAUCCUUCUGAGAUGUUUGGCUUUGUCAAGGAGGUGUUUCAUAAUUUUGCAAAAGAAUGGUCAGUCGAAACCCUUUGCAAAGAACUUGAAUAUGUAAAGAGAAUAUUUUCUGCUAGCAAGGAUAUGAGAGGGAGACAGCUGCAUGAGCUGGCAGAGCAAAUGCUACCAAGAUUGGCAAAUAAGUCUAAUCAUCCUGAGGUUUUGAGGCAUAUCAUGUCUUUCCUUUCCGAUGGUGAUUCUUCCAAAUUAGCCAUGACAACGAACUUUUCUGGGAAGGAACAAAUUAAAGAAAACAAUGGAGUAGCUGGGCCCAGCCUGGAAGCUGCUUGGAUGAAAUCUAUUUAUUCAGAAAAGCCACCUCUGUUAGAAAGGCCUGCUAACAUCCUCCCUGGCUAUGAUCAGAAUGAUAAAAGGACGCAUGCGCAAGAUUUGCAGAUGAGUAGUAACCAAAAAGACUUCUGUUUUGAUGAAUUGGAGAGUAUAGUAAAAAUUAAACAAGCAGAGGCUAAAAUGUUUCAAUCACGUGCUGAUGAUGCUAGAAGAGAAGCUGAAGGGUUGAAACGCAUUGCCCUAGCAAAGAAUGAGAAAAUUGAAGAAGAAUAUACCAAUCGAAUUGCCAAGUUGCGAUUGGCUGAGACUAAUGAAACGCGUAAACAAAAAAUUGAAGAACUCCAAGCACUAGACAGGGCACAUCUGGAGUAUUUGAACAUGAAAAGGAGAAUGGAGGCAGACAUCAAAGAUCUGUUAUCCAAAAUGGAAGCUACUAAAAUGAGCCUUACCAUGUGAUCAGAUCAAAACAAUUCUAGGAUAGUCCUUUCAGGUAAAUGUAAUAUGCCCCAUCCUGAAAAUUUGUAGGUUCUGAUGCCACCUUAUUGUUGUGAGCUACUGUAGUUCCUGAUCCGUAGUUGUAUCUAUUUGUUGUUGUAGUCCAUUUUGCUUUUAAGCUUCUAACCAAAACAUGUAGAGGUCAUCACAGCAGUUAUUAGUCUUGUCAAACAAUCUCAGUUAUGAAAGCAAUUUAAAAUAGAUUAUCAUUAAAACGCACUUACAAGAAUGCUCAGCAUGUGCCUGGAUAUGCUGUACAGGCUUUUUUUGUACUGACUGUCAGCAGAUGAAAGUUAUAAAAUUGUAACCUUGGUGGCUGACUCCAUUACUGUAUUUCAUGGUUAUCCAUGCACACGGGUAAAUAGCUGGGCUUUUUACAUCCCCUUCUGUAGAGAAAUUUCUGACAACUUACGAACUUGGUAAAAAAUAAACAAUUUUCUGUUUCU